CCCCCCCCCCGAGUCGCCGAUUGAGCGGCGAGGCGAUCUGCGGGUUGUCAACAUGAUGGAAGGCGACGCGGAGUUUUGGGGCAGGUACAGGGCGAUCUCGAGCAAGCUGAGAAAACGAUUUCUAAGGAAGCCAAAUGUCGCGGAAGCAAGCGAGCAGUUCGGAUAUCUUUCCCGGGAGCUCAAGCAGCAAGAGUGUUUGCAGUACGCUGGAUUCUGCAGCCUCGCCCAAGCCAGAUGUGAGCAGACGGUGAUGAAUGGUCUCGGGGAGGCUGAGGCGCUGACCGAGGCGGCGAGGUUGUUCCUCAAGGCGGAGGUGGAGAACUGGGAGCUGCGCUGCCCGGGCCUGGAGGAGAACCUUCAGGCCGCCAUCAACGCGUACAACUAUGCCGUCAAGGUGUACAUAGAGAUAAAUCGGCCAGCUCUGGCUGCAAGCCUCUGCCUUGAGAUUGGAUAUUCUCUUAAGGGCUUGGAGCGACCAGGGGAGGCGGAGGUGUUUUUCCAGCGGGCGGCUGAGCUGCAGUACCAAAUGCCCAUAGAAAGCCUGCACUCGUUAGGGCUUGCCGCCUCCUGCAAACUGCUAACGCGCGACUACAUGGGAGCGUUGAAUGUUUUCACCGAGAUGCAGCUGACGGCAGAGCAGAGAGCGCCCCGCUUUCCCGGCACCAAUGCGCCGAUCGGCGCCUUCAGUGACAUCAUCGCACGCAGCGAAGUGGCACGGGUGCUUCUGCUCAUGCUGCUGCAGCCUCCGCCCCAGCGGCUCGCAAUGGAGCACGCCAAGACGCUGGAGAGGUACGCGUGGGAGUCCUUCGAGAGCCCCGGGCAGAGCAAGGUGAACUACUUGACCGACGAAGUGUUUCUCCUGCUGCAGUCGGUCGUGGUGUCAUGCCAAGAGAAGGACAUCGAAUCGCUGAAGGUUUUGCAGAAGGAACUCUGGCCUCUGCUGAGCACAGAGCAGAACCACUUGAUGCACCUCGUCAUCCAGGAGCUGCUGCACCCGUCCGGAAUGGGCUACUGAGACGAGGCGAUGGCUGCCAGGAGCCGCUGUGUUGGCUAUGCGUGUUCAGGUCGUGCGUGUGUUUGCGUUUGUACAUGUGUGUGCGUGUGGGCACGCAUGUGGAAAUGUAUGUAAGUAUGUUGAACUUCUUUCGCACCGUACGGAGCCAACCGUGCUAAUCAGAAGUGCGGGAGAAGGACAAUGAGCUAAACACAAAAAGCAGUUCUAAAGAAAUGAGUUGUCAAUCUAGACGAUGAUUUAAAAGUGCAUAGCUCCAGUGGCUUCCUAAUAUCGGAAGGAAGAGCGUUCCAAACGGCCGCAAGGUAGGGCAUCUGAACGCGUGCGAGACAGUGACCCUCUUUGUUCAAUGGCUAGCCAAAAGCCGCUGCGAGGAUGACUGAAGUUCGGGAAGUUGCAGCGUAGCGGUAAGCAAGCGGCGCUACAAACCCAGCGACCCCAUUUAAUUUCUGCUCAGAGCCAAUAACGGUGGCGAAUAUCUGAACCAGUCCUGGGCUUAUCCUCGGUCGACUUAGCCUCAUAUGAAUACCUGAUGCGGUGUGUGAACGUCGCCACUCGGCCGGGCGUGGUGCUGGCUACCCACCCCCGAGUGUGCGGUGCUGGCUGUCAUAGAUGCUCGCUAACGGCACUUGCCCCAACAGUCUGUUAAAGUCGAUAUGAGGGGUGUGUGUGCGUGCGUGCGCCGGUAUUACUGGAAGUUAAAAGGCCACGCCGUACUGUAUGAAGAAGCUAAUGCCUUUGAACGCAGUGGCUUUGGAAUCCCAGGUACCAAUCAUUUAGCUCGCAAGAUUAAACUCCGCUGCCCCGGAUGUUUGCAUUUAAAAUAUAUAUUUGAUAUAUUGUUUAUAGCUCUCGUCGGUCUCAUCUCAUUACUUUCGUCAGCUGUGACAAUUUCAAAGCAUUUGAAAGUCGUGAAUGUGCUCUGUGGUGUUCUCUUUAGUUGUGCGCACGGCGGCUUGCGGUAAGCCGUGUGCAACAACUUGUCGUUUGGUAAUGACCGCGUGUGCCGACCCUAAUGGAUAGAUAGAUAAAUGAUGGAUCGUGUGGGUGGACACCGGCAUGCACACUCACGCGGGCAAAGAACGAGGAGUGCGGAGAAGUACAUUUUUUAAUUGAGCAAAACAUUGCCCUACGUGUUUUCCGUACGGCAGAAAAUUUUAGUUUUAAUGCGGACCGUGUAGACUUUUCUCAUUCAAGUCCCACAUGGCCAUCUGAGUUAAACAGGUGUGUGUGUAAAGAACUGUAUUACGGUAGCCUUAACCCAGCCAUUUACGACCACCCUGGAAGUCCAUUUUAAAUUAUGGUAAUUAUUUGCAAUUUAGUUUCAGAUGGCUUGCUGAUCUACGGUCGUCUCGUAGCUGUUUGCAUAGGUGCGCGUAUCGGGUAGUCGCUGUGCUCUCCGCAUCUGACACGAGGCUGUGAAACGAGGUGUGUGCUGCAAUUUGGCCUGUGGGCAGGUGAGCGCGCACCCUACCUUGGAAUCUGUCGACCCUUUGCCGGAGGAGUUGCAAUCUGUUCGGAUAUCCUGCCGCUUUUCAACUGCGGUGGUGGUGGGCCCUCUACCUCGGACCCCCGUUCGAACCCAAAAGACCCCGGUGUCGGGUGGCUGUUGAAAGUUGUGAGCGGGUGGAGCGUUCGGUGGCGCGUUCGCGAGCGAUUCCCACAACGCACAUCAAGAGCCAAGGUGGUGGCGCACCCACGGGGGAAAAAGUCAGUGGAUGCCACCCACCGCGGCCUCGCGAUCGCUCCCUGCCCACGACGCCACGUCGCGCCCCUGCUGCUCGGCAGACACGCGGCACGCGGAGAGAGCCACCUCGAGGCAGCGGUGCCGCUCGUUGUGGAUCACUCCGACGCCCGUCUCGGGCUUCCACCCAGCUCCAGCGCCCUCCUCGCACCGUUUGUUUUGUCCUGACCGUAUCGCGUGAUGAGUUCCACGCGGGAGUUCGAAGCGGGUGUCCGGGCCUCCCCAAGUUCGGCUCGGUUAUUAAACGAGAACCGGUUGCAAACGUGCGAUAAUCGGCCUCGUAGGCCGAUCACUCCAAGGUGUGCACCCUUCCCUAUGAGCCGUCCACGUUGAUGCCCUCUAAUCUGGCACAGCAGUGGCUUUAACUGGAUCGCUGAUCGUGGCCGGCCGCGAAUGAGAUCAUGAUGUAUUUAUGAGCUGUCCAGCAGUCACAUUCCGUAUGAAUUGUGUUUUCACCGUGUCCACGCGCAAACGCGGCCUUGCGUUGUGAAGUAAAUGGGUUGUGUCAGUCA